AUGUCAACCUCCAAAACCUUGGAUCAUAAUAAACCAUUCGAAACAUCCCAAACCCAAAUGGGUUUUGCUCUAGUCCACCAAAACACAACCACCACCACAACCUCCACAGCCGGCGAGAGACGAGGCCGGAGAUCAAAGCAAGCAGAGCCAGGGAGGUUCCUAGGAGUCAGGAGACGUCCAUGGGGUCGUUACGCAGCUGAGAUCAGAGAUCCAACCACCAAAGAACGUCACUGGCUCGGCACUUUCGAUACAGCUCAUGAAGCUGCUCUUGCCUACGACAGAGCCGCUCUUUCAAUGAGAGGCACUCAAGCUCGAACUAACUUCGUCUACACUCCAAAUGAUGUUCACACCAUCCUCACAAACCCUAAUCUCCAUUCUCUCAUCGUCUCUCCUUACAAUAACCAAUCUUUCUUACCAAACUCUUCUCCUCAGUUUGUCAUUGAUCACCAUCCUCAUUAUCAAAACUAUCAUCACCAUCAGCAACCUAAACAUACUCUCCCACAGACCGUCUUACCCGCCGCUUCUUUCAAAACUCCGGUUCGUCAUCAAAACGUGGAUAUUCAAGCGUUUGGUACUAGUCCUCAAAAUUCCUCUUCUAAUGGCUCGUUAUCUUCUUCACUAGACGAAGAAAGCAACUUGUUCUUCUCUUCAGAACAUAAUAACUCCAAUAAUAACUCCGGUUACUUGGACUGCAUUGUCCCAACCAACUGCCUUAAACCACCUCUGGAAACCACCACCAUACAAAAUCAAACCGGAGCUGGUUUCACAACUCCGGCAGCAAGCAAAACCUCCGAAUCGUACGGAGGGUUUAGUAAUAGCUACUUCGAAGAUGGUGGUAUGAUGAUGAAUCAUCAUGAGUUUGGUUCUUGUGAUCUAUCUGCCAUGAUCACUAACUAUGGUGCUGCUGCUUCAAUGUCAAUGGAAGAUUACGCGAUAAUGGGGCCGCAAGAUUUCUCUGCUUCUUCUUCUAUCCCUGGUUUUGGAGAUCUUGUUGCAGACACUGCAGGCUUCUACUCACUCUAUUAG